GUAUUCUGUUAUUAUUCUACUAUUUAUUAAUUUUCGUGGACUCUAUUUUCUUCAACAUCCUCAUUUUUGUUUUUCUUCUUUCUAACCCGUCAAUUUUCCGAUUUCCAGCGCUAUCAUGGAAGAAGUUAACGUUGUUGAAACUAAGGAUGGAACCGUUUCAGUAGCUACUGCGUUUGCUGGUCACCAGGAAGCUGUGCAGGAUAGAGACCACAAAUUUUUAGGAAAAGCAGUUGAAGAAGCAUAUAAAGGGGUAGAUUGUGGAGAUGGAGGCCCUUUUGGUGCCGUUAUUGUUCACAAUGAUGAAGUAGUUGCUAGUUGUCAUAACAUGGUUCUGAAUUACACUGAUCCAACUGCUCAUGCAGAGGUCACAGCAAUCAGAGAGGCUUGUAAGAAGCUUAAGCAGAUCGAGCUUUCAGAUUGUGAAAUAUAUGCUUCUUGUGAACCCUGCCCCAUGUGCUUUGGUGCAAUCCACCUCUCGCGAAUUAAGAGAUUGGUCUACGGAGCAAAGGCAGAGGCAGCAAUCGCGAUUGGGUUUGACGAUUUUAUUGCAGAUGCAUUGCGAGGUACUGGAUUCUAUCAAAAAGCAAAUUUGGAAAUUAAAAGAGCUGAUGGUAAUGGGGCCAUGAUUGCGGAAGAGGUUUUUGAGAAAACAAAGGCAAAAUUCCAAAUGUAUUGAUAUCAAUUCUUUUCACACAUAAUGACAAUCAACCAUAACUGUUUGGCUUCAUUUAGAUUACUGUAAUUGUUCAUAGCGAAUUGAUUUCCUUUGAGUUAGACAAAGUAUUCGCACAAUCCGGAUUGCAUCAGAUAAUCACUAUCUGAUUGUCAAUCUGUUCUAAUUCACAUUUCAUACGGGAGGAUAUCAAAUUCAUUCCCUUCUUUAUCAUGUAAUUGCUAUUUGCCACUGAUGUUAAAUGAAUCUUUUAUCUUUUUUACUGA